GCUGACAUCAUGGCGCUGCUGUUGCUGCUGCUGUCUCUGUCGCUGCUGUCGGCCGCCGCCGCUUACCUGGGCUGCGUGCGGCGGCACACGGGCAGCGCGGGCGCCGUGCUGCGCCGCUACGAGCCGGGUCGGGCCGGGACGCGGGACUGCAGGCCGCCGCGGGAGACCUGGGCCCCGCGGCUGAGCGGCCUCUGGCUGCGCCUCUUCGCGCACGUGGCCAACACGGCUUUUGGGCAGAUCUGCUUAUUGCCGUUCUUAUUAAGGCUGAACAACUUCUCUCUUAUGCGUUCUCUUGAUAUUCUCGAAGAUCCCACAUUUAUUCCAGAGGUUGCUGCAGAAUCUACAAAGGACAAGUCUGAGGUUGAAAGCACUUUGGAAGUUAUCAAACAUCUGAUAGAUGCAAGGCCUGAUUCUGCCAGUGAUGGGUUUAGCUUCAAAGGAAUUAAAGACUACCUGGACUGCUAUCGGAGUGGGAAGCUGACACCAUCUCAGGUAGCAAAGAACAUCAUUGCCGUGCUGGAGGACUGCGACAAAUCCACACCUCCGCUUCGAGCGAUAGUGCAAUGGGACCAUGAGCAAAUAAUGCUGAUGGCUGAGGCCUCCACUGCUCGUUACAGGAAUAAAUGUACCCUGUCUUAUCUGGAUGGGAUCCCAGUGUGCCUGAAAGAAGAGUUUAAAGUGGUGCCUUACCGUCACCGAGUGGGAACAGAGUAUCUUGGAACAGAGCCUGAAACAGAAGAUGCUACUGUGGCCAAGAAGCUGCGAGAGGCUGGAGCUAUCAUUAUUGGAGUCUCAAACAUGCAUGAACUAGGAACUGGAACAACUGGAUGUAACCCUAAUGGGUGCCACAAGAUCCCAAGGAAUCCCUACAAGCCCAAUCAUUACACAGGUGGGAGCUCCAGUGGGUCAGCGGCAGCUGUAGCAGCAGGUCUCUGCCCAGUGGCUAUUGGCACAGAUGGAGGAGGCUCUGUGAGGAUUCCUGCUUCGUUCUGUGGUGUGGUAGGGCUGAAAGGUACGUUUGGGCGGAUCAGUUGUCAUGGCAGCCUCCCACUCUCCUAUUCCACAGUCAGUGUGGGCCCUAUCUGUACCUCAGUGGCAGAUGCAGCCAUUGUUUACAGUAUCCUUGCUGAGCCGGAUCCACUCUAUCCAUAUGGAUUAAAGCAGCCCAAAGCAACACUGUCAGAUAUAUGUGCGCCUGACCUGAAAGGCUUAAAACUGGGAGUGGACUGGACAUUUUUUAAGGCUUGUGAUGCAGAAGUCCUGUCCAUCUGUGAGAAAGCUGUGGAGUACCUGCAGAGUCUGGGAGCCAAUGUGGUUGAAGUAUUUCUUCCAGAGAUGGAGGAAUUGCAAGUGGCACACACAAUCUGCAUUCUCAGUGAGAUGAGAGACUUUCUGCAACCUGACUUCAACAAAAAUUUCCAGCAAAUGAAUUUGGAGACUCGGGCCAGCUUGGCCUUGGCUUGCCAAUUCACAGCUCUGGACUACAUUACGGCAAAUCGGCAGAGAACCCGGAGCAUGGGCUUCUUACGAGAGAUUUUCGCCACUGCAAACUGUAUCCUUACACCAGCUACUGCUUCCACUGCCCCAAGAAUUCAUGACUCUGACCUUCUGACUGGGUGCAGCGAUUUCUCACUCACAGUCCGGGCUAUGAGGUUCAUGCAGCUUGGCAACUUCACUGGCAUUCCAGGCCUGGUGGUACCUAUUGGAUAUUCUGCUGCUGGGCUUCCUAUCAGCCUCCAGGUCAUGACAAAAUGGUGGGAUGAAGCUAUGCUUCUCAGGAUUGGCCUGAAGCUGGAACAGUUUCGUCACCAGACAAAAAAACCAUCCAUUUAUUAUGACAUCCUCGCAUGAUGGGGUAGCCAAGAUAGGGAAUGCUCUGUAAUUAUUUUUUCCUAGUCUGACCUGACCAAGUGUAAGAGUGGACUUGUUUUCAGUGUACCUGAGUAAUGUUUAUUAGCAGGCCCAUUUGAGGAAUGGGGAGGAAGACUGAUCUAAGCAGGCAUUGAUGUGAGCAGAGAGAUCAGUUUUGCUCCCUGUUGGGUAGUGGAUGUUCCAGUUCGUACCUGAGAGACUACCUGUGCUAGCUCAUUCCUCACUGUUUUUGCUAGUAGAGGAAGCUGCAACCAUCUUCUGCAACUCGUUUCCCUGUAUGGCUCCUACGUAAAGAUGGAACACAGCUGGACUGCGUAUGGGCAGUUUACAUGGCUAUGCAUGGAAAACCACAAUUCCGAAUCCUUAAAGCUUACAGAACACUUCUUGCUCCAGGAUGUAACAAAGGUACUCCUUUGAGGUAGAAAGGCAGCUUCCCAUAUAGAUAGAUAGAUAGAUUCCCUUAGAUAUAAAGCCUUGUUACUUAGGAAUGAAGAGGAUCUUAACACUCCUGCAAGAAGGUAAGGUGUGUCAUGGCCCCUUACCUAGAACAGUCCCUCAGAGCAAAACAGAAGGCCAGUAGCUAUAGAAGUAUCCCUCUUCUUUUUCCAUCUCUUGUGCUGGAAACAGUGUAGGACUCAGUUUAACUGUUGCACAAAAUAUGGGCAUGCUCACUGCAUGAGCAGUCCUGCCUCUCUUCAGCCUUAUAUGCAAGGGAAGGAAAAAGCAGAGCAGGAACCCUCUGUAAUUCUGUGAACCAAAACUGCCUCAGGGCUCUGGGGUUUUGUGCCACUGGCAUACCCCCUAAGACAAGACUUGGAAAGCCUCUAUUCUCCCAGUAGUUUCUUACAUACAAGCCUACCAGCAUUUAAUAAUUCCUUUUCCAGAGUGGAAUGGAAUGGGAUGAGCUACGUAGUAUGCUGUGAAAUAACUCUUAAGCAGAUGGUUGCUGAUCCAGUUACUAUAGGGAGGUGAAACUGCUGCCUAAAAAGUAGGAAAUGAUACUGCAUGAGCAGAACCUGGGUGCCAAAGAGGUGUUGCCUGAGGCUGUGCAGCACAGAGCCUGCUCUAGACAAGAAGCCAGCCCUUCCUCUAUCCCAAGUGCACUUCAUAAAGUCAUCAGGUAGAAUUAAGACAUGGAAUAAAAUACCAGGUUGUAAUACUUAAAUCAUAAAACCACAGCAGGAAAAGACAGAAAAGACUACAUUUCUACAGGAGUAGGCCUUAAAGUCACAGUACUGUGUAAUACAGGUUCUACUGAAAGCCCCCAGCUGGAAACUCAAGUGCCUGUGUCCUGCCUGCACUGUGGCCACAUCAAAGACAAGAAAAGACCUAAGAUUAACCAAGGCUAAGUAUUUGGCUUCAUUUUGGACUAGUUCAGGGUUAAUGCUCAGAGACAUCUCCUGUUGCCCACCUUAUCAGAUAUCUGAGAAGAGAAACUUUUGGCCUUGUGAUUAGGUUGCUGGAAAAGCUGUUCCAUAGUCAGCAGCAGCAAAGAGUACUGCAUUCCUACUUAGCUUGGAAGGAAAGGGGGAGCAGAGAGGGUGGUUGCAGUUUCUCCCAAAGCUCAGUAUAGUUUUUUUUUUUUUUUUUUUUGAAUUUAAAUCCACUCUUUAAGCAGAGCUAGCACUUUACUAAUGGCUAAAGUUAGCAGUCAGAUAGUAUUUAAAUGGAAAAAAACAUUGCAUUACCUUCCCUACAAUUACCUAAGUCAAAGCAUCAACUGCUACUGGCAACUGUUAGCGCAUUCACAGUUAAAAUAAUGGGAUGGUUGAUACUGUCUUUCAUCUUCAACUCCCCUGUAUGAUACUACAGAAAUACUCCUUCACUAGAUUCUAGUAUCAUUCAAUUCUUUGAAGAGCAGAUUUUAAGAGCAAAGUAUUCCAAUAUUAAUGAUAACUUACUAAACAUUUCUAAAACAUCCUAGAGCUGUAUGCCUGCAAGAUGAAACACUGGUGAAGUACAUUGUAUGGAAAUAGAAGGAGUUAAUCAGUGUUUGACAAGAAUAAAUUUCUCCAAGGAACACUGCUGCUUCUAGGAAAUAA